AUCUUUCGGAGGCGGCGGUUGCCAUGACACCGCCGACAACAACUCGCUGGCAGGAGGUCGGCGGACCGGGACCGGGACCCGGAGCGGCCCAGAGAAAUGGCAGAAAAUGAAAAUCAUAUGCAGGAAGCUCAGCAGAGUGAUGCUUUGUCGGACAAAGAAGACUCUACCCAGGCAACACAAGAACUGAGUGAACCUGAGAAAGUGGAAGACCCUCCUGACCAGCCCACAGACCCUAAUGAAGUGUCACAAGAGGGUCCCUCUGAAGAACCAGCAGAUGGAAUGGUUGAUGCAUCAACCAAAAAUAACAGUACUGCUGAGUUACCUCCAGAAGUUUCUGAAAGUUCAGAGCAUGUUGAAGAUGGUCCAAUUGAAGAAGUCACGACACAAGAGGAAGUCACAACAGCUGAAAAGGUGGAAACAAAGCAUGUUGUAACACCAGACCACACUGAAGGUUCCAAGCAAGAAGAUUCUGAAAUCAUAAGCCAUGAUGUUGGGGAAGAUCCAACUGCUGAAGUCAUAAUGGAUGAAACGGUGGGAGAAAAGCACAUUGCAACAGCAGAAGAAAUUUUAGCAGAUCAUGCUGAUGUUACAAAACCAGGCAUAACAGCAACAGAACCUCUAAUUAUAGACUGUAGCAAAAUUCACGUGGGUGAAGGUGCUAUAAUUUUGGACUGUUCCAAAUAUACUACUACAGAAAGCCUUACACACAAUAUUUCCGGUCCAUCACUUGAGACGCCAGAAGCAAGAGGACCUACAAAUCUAGAUGGCAGCAAUAAAGGUGUGGACUCUACUAAAUAUACUGCUCCAAUUGUCCCUGAUCAAUUAAAUGAGCAGUCAGAAGCAAUCGAACCUUCUUUGACUUGUGAGGUACUAAAGGAGAAACUAGAAGCACAGAUCCAAGCUAUUGAGGAAGUGCACGGUAAAAUUGAACCAGCAGAGAGCGAGUCGCCAGUUUCCAAAACAAAAGCUGCUGAAUGUUUGCUUUUACAAACACCUGGUACUGCUGCUGAUAGAGACUUAAAAAAAAGAUCUGUAUUAAAGUCAUAUCCUGCUCCACCAAAGACCCCAUCACCAGACUUUGCCAGUAGUACAGCCACAGUUAAAGUUGCUCUGCUUCCUUCCGAUGACGUUAUGACAGUGGCGCUACCAAUCUGCCUUACAGUAGGGAAGUUAAAAUCACGAUUUGGAAGACAAUUGAAAUUGCCCACACAGGUGUUGCAAAUAACAAGUGAUGGUAAAAUGGCAAAAGAUUCUGAAACACUGGUAGAUUUAGGAGUCAGGCCACAUGGUGCUAUCCAGCUGGAAUUGGCAUCAACUGACCCUGAAAACUGUCCAAUCAAGCGAAUCAGACCACAGCAUGAAGCUACCACAUCUGAUGUGAUAACUGUCAAAGUUCAGAAAGAUGACAAGACAUGUUGCUCCGUGGUCGUGGAGAUUGAGAGACUUCCUUAUCGCAAGCCUUACUUGGGUGGCUAUAAACACAAACUUACAGGAACAGAAUUCCACCAUGCAGGAACACAGACUCCGUCGAAAAGAAAUUGUAUUUGUGUGGAGAGGUUCUGCCGAGAAACGCAGACAGUUUCUGAAAGAAAUCGAUAUCAGCAAACAACAAAUAAUACCUCCACACAGAUGACCAAAAUUGGCUGUUAUGUGUCCAAUAUCACAGAUAAGUUGCUUACUCCAGGAAGGUACUUCACUGCUGAAGAAUAUCAUGCUUGUAGGUUGAAUGCGGUAAUUGUGAUACAGACCUACUUCAGACGGUGGUCUGCUAAGAAUUAUGUUCACCAACUGAGAAUGCAAAGGGAUAGAAGGCUACAAUGGGAACAGGAGCAGGAAGUGAAACUUAAAAAGGAAAAAGCUGAUUAUAUAAAGAAACAAUAUGAAAGGAGAAUGAAUCCUAAGACAAAAGAAGAUUUUGACUUGCUCUUUCAUGCACUGGAAGAAUGGAAGCAGGAGGAGCUGAGCAACAUCAACCAAACUCUUACUGGACCGGAGCGCAAGGCAGCUCUUUACACACUUCUGGAACAAGAAGCAAAGCUCAUUGCAUCUAUUGCUCGGCACAGAGUUGAUGCUGCGAAGGAAACUGGACCAAAGUUAAUUCAGAAUCUUUUGAAUAAGUGUGCAGACCCCAUAAGAUGGAAGGCAUUUGAUGGGAGAGUCACUGAAAUGGACACACAGUUCACUAUUCGGGCAAGAGAGCUGCGUGAUAUUUACAACAGUAUUAACAUGAAAUACCUGACCACGGAUGAGAGACUGGAUGCUCUUUUAACACUAAAACACACAGUCAAGGAGCAUGACUGUAAGUUAACGCAGGAAAUUGUGGAUUUGAUUGACCGAGAAGCAGAUCUUCUUAUGAGGCAAGUAAAGGAAUCUUACCUGGAUGGACUCAGACAGAGAAUAUCAACACUCUUUCUUCAGUACAUCAAAACACCAAUGUUUAACCCAGAGGUUGCCAGAUUCCUUAAGGUUCCACAGGAUCCAAUGCAAUUGCGCAAAAAUGUUUAUUUCUGUUCAAGUUGUGGGAGUUAUUUACCAUCCACUGAGUUCCCUCUGUCAAUGACUUCACGGAACCUCCACGUGUGUCAACAAUGCAUUAAGCAGAAUAAUGAAGCUCGUCAUCGUGCAGAGUCAAGCCAGUACAAACUGAUCAUGAAGCAGCUGAGAAAAACUGAGGCAGAUUUUGGAGAUGGGGCCCAACUAGCAUUCUUAGUGCAGGAACAAGAUAUGAAAUAUCUCAUUGACAGUAUUUGGGGCACACAGUCUGCAUUGAGUGCUAAUGCAAAUCUGAAGGAUCUGAUAAUGAUAAGGUGGGAUAAAAAGUCUGAGUGGUCACCAUGGAAUUGUAUCCUCCUCACAGAAGAAGAGGCUGCAGCUCAUCUUAAACUUCGUGAUAUUGAAAAGGAUUAUGAGGCCACAUUUAUUCGCAAGAUCAAGCACCGACACACGUUGGGAAAGAGUUAUUUUUCUCGGAUUCCUGAAGUAGUGAAUUAUGCGCGCACUUGCUUGAUGAAAGACUCGAAUUCCACAAAUGACCUCGUAAUUACAAAUUUAUUUCGUGCUAAAUGAAAGCCAUUGUUCAUCAGUUACUUCAGUGGACGAUAUCAGACAACCAUACUUCAAUGGUUAAUUUCAAUUAAAAAUUACGGCUUUGUUGAAUAAAAUGUUACAAUGUUAUUCGUUAGUCAUAGAUUAUAAAUAAAACAAAGAUUAAUUG